AUGCGUUAUCGUGUGUGCCUAUUAAUGACGGCUGUGGCCUUUAUUCGAAGUUCUCCGAUACAAUAUGAAGUGUCACCAUUUCGAGCAAAACGAGACAACGAGAACUCGACCACAAUGGCCACCUUUACUGUUGAAAGACUCGACGCACCAAUCGAAAGGAUUGAAAUACGACUAAUCGAUGAGAACUCAAAUAGUACUGUUCGCAAUCCUGCUCCCGUACCACAGGAAUCUGCAGCAGGUGUGACACAACAAAGCGGGACCGUUGUGGAGAAUGCAAUCGAUACAAAUGGCGAAUCCGCUGACCAGUACGAUGUGAGGUACAAAAAGGCAAGGGCUUGGUUGUCUUUCUCAACUCGAACACCAACAGACUCUGACGACGAUGACCUCGAUGUAUUACCUCCUGAAGCAGAGGAAAGCAGUUCGGACGAUGAAUACGAGCCGGUAGAGGAGUGCCUUCUAAAUAAAGCCGAACUUCCAUUGAAGACCGUGCACCGACUAACAGAGCAGGCGAAAAAACUCGGAAAACUGAUUCGUACUAGAAACAGAUUACAACAACAAUACUGCAUAAAUCGUGAACAUCCCCAACUUAACGAUGAAUACAGGCUCUGUCCGAUUUGGCGAAACGAAAAGAAGGUUCAUAACUACCAGCUGAUGCGUAUCAAAUACUGUGCUGACUACAGCAAAUGGCCGAAUGCCUCGAAAUUGAUGAGCACCUACGGCGAUAAUCUAAAUCUCUACGAGACGUUGUAUGCGUUCCAGAAACCUUAA